AUGUCUACCCCAAUGGAGCAGCACGAUGACGAUGACAUCGAUAUGCCCUCGAACGAAGAUGCUGCGACCACUCACCAAAGCGAUUCCGAUGUCAAUUCCGGCAGUGAUUCCGACGGCAAUUCCGACAGCGAUUCCUCCCAGUAUGAUUUCGAAGCGCUCCACGCGAGAGAGGUAGCCGAGAUGCGUGCCUUUCUUCAAUCUCGCUAUCAGCCCAUUGAAGAAACCGAUUUUGACGCCAUUGUCGGACCCGCCGAGCCAACGUUUACGGCCAUAUGGAAGAAGGAAGACGAAGACUUGAUGCUCUUGGAAUGGGAUUCUUCUCUCGGGAAGAAGGCGUAUGCUUGCAUCGACGUCGAGAACGCAUCGCUAACAACACUCUGGAAGGUCUGCAUGCGAAUCCUUCGGUGCACUCCCCUCGACCCGAUUUCCCCCUUGCUCAACUUGAAGUACGGCACAUCGUCUGUGGUGUUCUCUCGGGAGUUCUGUGAUGCUCUCGCACCUCUCAUCGUACAUGGCUCAUCUGUCGCGCAGAUGACCGUCGGCCCUGGAAACUAG